AUGGCAGAUGAAUACCAGAUGCUCGAGGAGCUUGGCAGCGGCUCCUUCGGCACCGUCUACCGCGCAAUCCACAAACCGACCGGCGAUUUCGUUGCGAUCAAGCACAUCGACCUCGAGGGCAGCGACGAUGACAUUCGAGAGAUUCAGCAAGAGAUCUCAUUGCUAGCCACCUGCAGCUCCGAGUAUGUCACUCGAUACCGAUCCUCCUUCGUACGCGGCGUCAAGCUCUGGAUAGUGAUGGAGUACCUUGGCGGCGGCUCAUGCCUGGACUUACUGAAGCCAUGUCCGAAGGGGAUGGAAGAGCGGUAUAUUGUUAUCAUUAUGAGAGAAUUGUUGAGGGGAUUGGACUACCUUCACAGCACGGGCAAGAUACAUCGAGACAUCAAGGCUGCCAACAUCCUGCUCUCGGAAACUGGACAAGUCAAGAUUGCAGACUUUGGCGUUGCAGCUCAGUUGACCAACAUCAAGUCGCAACGCCUUACAUUCGUGGGCACACCGUUUUGGAUGGCACCUGAGGUUAUUCAAGAGGCUGGAUACGACUUCCGUGCGGACAUCUGGAGUCUGGGUAUCACGGCCAUGGAGAUCGCGCUGGGAGAACCACCACGAAGCGACGUUCAUCCGAUGAAAGUUCUGUUCCUGAUCCCGAAAGAGAAGCCACCACGAUUGGAGGGUAGUAGAUUCAGCAAAGAGUUCAAGGACUUUGUGUCUCUGUGUUUGAACAAGGAGGCGGAGCGGAGGCCAAGUGCAAAGGCUCUGCUGAAGCAUGCUUUCAUCAAGAAGGCUGGCAAGACUGAAGUGCUGCAAGAGCUUGUGCAGAAUGCAAGAGACUUUGAACGCUACGGCAUGGCGCGUGAGAGGGACACCCGAUACUACGAGGAGACCUUGAAAUCGAUCAACCAGGCCGCCGAUGAUGACGAAUGGGUGUUCGAUACUAUCAAGCCGGCAGCAAGCAUGCGCUAUCCGGGACUUGGCAAUGGAACGAUCAAGCGACGAAAGCUGGACCGCAUACCGUCUGGCGAUGCGUCAGAUGUGGAGAACACGACAGCAGCCAUGGAGCAUAUGAGCUUGGAUGCCGCACCUUUGGCCGGAUCUUUACGCACACCAGCAAAGGAAGCAACCACGAUCCGAACACCAAAGCCGAGAACUGUUAGUAGUCAACGCAAAGUCUCAGCCGUCACUGCUCGCAAGGUAUCAGCGGCAACACCAGCAGGCCGUCGGGUUGCGAGCAGAAAUGUAUCUGGUGCAACGCCUUCCGCUCGGAGAGUCAGCUCUCAGCAGCCAGCGAAGCAACCACUUGGUCUGGACAUGUCAUUUGGCAACGGCACAUCGACUGUCAGACAGUUCAAACGCGUGAGCUCAGGAAACAGGCCAACGACUCCAAUCGAUCAGACUGGUACCUCACCACAAGACAGCGUAUUCGAUAGCGAUGCAGAGAACAAGCCACCAACUGAGUCAAGCACGCAACCGCCGGUAUCAGCAACCAAGGAGGCAGUUCUGGGCAGACGAUGCUUCGCCAAAUGCAUCGACCCAGCUCUGCAAGAGUCACACGCAGCAGUGGCCGACCGCUCCAAGCGCGAAGCUCUAAGCAACGUCGCCGAAGCGUGGUCCAAAUUCGACGAACUCGACCCCGACGGCGAACUGCUCCUGCUGAAGAGCAUCAUCGACCGCGUCCAAGCCGACCCCAAACUCGCCAGCGUCCUCAUGCCCCAACGCGUAGCAAACGCCCAGCUCGCCUCACUCCGCCUGUCGCCCACCAAAAAGGCCGCACACAUCACCGAAACCGAGCUCUCAGCCCGCGACAUGACACCCCAAACCUCCCCCUCCAAGGCCAGGUACUCCUCCGGAUCGAUACGCUCCCCGAGCAAAAGCUCCAGCAGCCCCACCAAACUCGUCCUCAACCCGCAGAACCCGCACCUUAAGAAGAUGCGCUCCAGCCAGGCGUUGCAGGCCGAGAGGGAGAAGGCGGCUUUGGAUGAGAAGGCGCGGCUCGAGGAGAAGAUGCCGGGUGCGAAGAUGGAGCCCGGGAUGGAGCAUGUGGGGAUGCUGGCGGAUGUGUUGUAUGGUCGAUGGACGGAGGGGUUGAAGGUGCGGUGGCCUAUGGCUUAG